AUGAAACAGCAGAGCUACGCUUGGACUAUCUCAUCCCAUCUAAUUGGGUUAAGAAAUUUGGGGGUAACCUAUGAGAUGAGCCCAUCCACAAUUUUUGGGCAGGCUGCAGUUACCUGUGGGCGCAAGAGGCGAAACCACUUGCUUAAACGCCUACGGGAGAUAAGAGAGAGAAAAGCCCGUACCCGAUUAAGUAAGAUGAAAAAUAUCUCUUUGGCUUCAUAUAAUUUGCAAAAAGCUCUUAAAAAUCUUAAGGAAUUAGAUACUGAUAAUAAAGAAUCGAUUCAAAUUACUAAUAAUUAUCAACCCCUUGAACCUUUAAAAAUCAAUAUUAAACCUAAUAUUCUUCAGAAAGUUCAGCAAAAAAAAUACAGGGAAUCAUUUUUGCAUAUUAUCUUUGGUGGGAGUUUUGAUCCUGAUGUUUUGUUAUAUCCAGAAAUUGGGUUAGAAGAUGAGAAAUCUAUAGAAUAUAUUAAUAAAUAUGUUGACAAAUAUUUUCAAUCAAACAUUAACUCAGACUUAAUAGAAAAAACUAAUUGUAUUCAAGAUGAACAUAUUCAAAAAUUUAAACAAUUAAAUCUAUAUGGGUUAAAUAUUCCUUUUGAUUAUGGGGGAUUGAAUUUAUCUGCAACUGCAAUCGCAAAGUUGGCGGAAACACUUUCCAUUAAUACUCCCAUAGCCUUAAAUAUACUAACCCAUAAUUAUUUUGGGGCCCAUGGAUUAACCAAAUGUAAUAAUGAAAAUAUCAAAUCCACCUAUCUUCCUCGCAUGGCCAAGGGAGAAAUUCUUGCAACUUUAGCCUUGAUUGAAGAAAAUAGUGGUAUGGAUAUAAAUUCUAUUGAGACUACUGCCGCUCCUCUAACAGGGGAUGACUCGAAAUUUGUUUUAACUGGCAAAAAGACUUGGGUCAGUAAUGCGAAUAAAUCUGACGUCUUCGUAACGUUCGCCCGCAUUAAGAAAAGCCAUUUAUAUCAAGAUAUCUCUUCUACUACAGAUAAAACUGAAGGCGAUGAAUUGGUAGCAUUUUUGAUUGACAGGAAUAAAACCCCUCAUCCCGAAACGAGCAUUUCCGUAAGUCAACCCUAUUCUAUGGUUGGGCUUAAAGGCUUCAACGUUUGUGACGUUCAUUUUAAUGGAGUUAUCGUCGCGAGAGAAAAUAUAAUUAGCGAACCCGGCUUGGGAUACAGUUUAGCUCAAGAUAUACUAUCCAACACACGUUUCGCUACAUCCAUCCUCUAUACUGGAAUCAUUAAAAAAUUGACCGAUGAAAUGUUAAAUAAAUGCAAUCACACCAAGUCUUUCGACAGAAAGCUCUCAGAUUAUUUCUUAGUUCAAGAUAGAGUCGGUAAAAUAUCAGCCGAUCUAUACGCCAUGGAAAGUUUGACCUAUCUAGUCGCCAGCUUGAAAGAUGAUUACCUCAAUUACGAUUCCCAUAUUGAGGACACAUUGCUACGAAUUUUUAAUGGUAACAAAGCUUUUGAAUGUUUGGAUAAUAUCUCUAAGGUGUACGGAAGGGAGGGACUUUUGUCGCAUUCACCUAUUCAAAGGACUUGGAGAGAUUUUAAAAUGAUGUCCAUUUUGGAAGGAAAUUCUGACACUUUGAAAAUAGAAGCCGCUCUUCGAGGAAUUAAAAGUCGAGUUCUAGAUUUACCACUUGAAUGCGAAAAAACAUUUAAGGUACGUCGUUAUCACCUAUACCCUUCCCACCUCUUUGAUUCCUUGAGGCUGAUGAUCCUCCCUUAUUGGAUGGAGCGAACUGGCUUAUCAGAGGCAGGGGAUCCCAAGCUAUCACGUGAUCGAGAUGAGCUCCUGGCCCACGUACACCCAACUCUAGCCGUGCCUAUUCGUCAAUUGACCCUCUAUUUGCACGAUUUCCAUUUGCUCUUAAGACGUAAUCUCCAAGUGCACGCUAGGGAAAUAUUGCACCAUCAAACUAUAUUGGUAUACUUGGCAGAAUAUGCCGCGGAAUUAUUCGCAAUGGUGGCUGUUAUAUCUCGUUCUUCUAGGGCCAAAUCUAUAGGGCUCAAGAAUUGUGAUUUAGAAAUCGAUAUGACACACGCCUUUUGUCGCCAUUCCAUCGAAAAAUUAACCAUUAUCAUUGAUAGGAUGACCGAACUAACGCUUUAUGGUUCCAAUCAUGAGAGUUAUAGAAGAAUAGGCGAGUUCAAUCUAAAGCAUAACGAGUAUUCGGCGGAACAUCCUCUUAAUAAAAAUUGGUGAAAGAAGCGGAAAAAUAGUAUUUUUUUUAUAAAUGAAAAUGAAAUUAGAGUAUUUUAAAGCAAGCAUAAAUAUAAUUUUUAUAUUUGAUUUGUAAAAAUUAAUUACAUUAUCUGUAAAUUAUGCUUA